UGAACAUCAGUUCAAGAAAACUCAUAGUUUCAGUUUCUGUUAUCACAUUAACUUUGAUUUAUAUUGUAAUUGUUGUUUUACUUUGUGUGUUACUUAAUUGUUUCAAUUAAUUGUGAUCAAUUAUCAUCAUCAUCAUCAUCAUGAACGGAACCAAUUACAAUCAAAAUGAAACUUUUCUCUUUACCUCUGAAUCUGUUGGUGAAGGUCAUCCAGAUAAGAUGUGUGACCAAAUCAGUGACGCAGUUCUGGAUGCUCAUAUAACCAUAGACCCUGAGGCUAAGGUCGCUUGCGAAACGAUAACCAAAACGGGAAUGGUCUUAUUGUUUGGCGAAAUCACAUCGAAAGCAUCAAUUGAUUAUCAAAAGGUCGUUAGAAAUGCAAUUAACAAAAUCGGCUACGAUCAUAGUGAUAAAGGAUUUGACUAUAAAACUUGUAACGUGCUGAUCGCCAUUGAGGAACAGGCACCAGAAAUAGCGAUGGGUGUUCAUGUUAAUCGUGACACCGAUGAAAUUGGUGCUGGUGAUCAAGGUUUAAUGUUCGGUUAUGCCACUGAUGAGACCGAAGAGUGUAUGCCCUUGACGGCGGUUCUAUCACAUAAAUUGAUGGAAAAAUAUUCUGAGCUUCGACAGAAUGGUUCACUUCCAUGGGCUCGACCUGACGCUAAAUCUCAAGUUACCUGUGAAUAUUAUCUUGACUCGGGGGCAGCGGUUCCAACAAGAGUGCACACCAUUGUGGUCUCCGUUCAACAUGCCAAAGAAGUGACCUUAGAACAGGUUAGAUCAGAGAUCAAGGAAAAGGUUAUCAAACAAGUUAUUCCAAGCAAAUAUAUGGACGAUAAAACUGUUAUCCAUGUAAAUCCAUGUGGUGCUUUUGUCAGCGGAGGUCCUUUGGCCGAUGCUGGACUAACUGGCCGUAAAAUUAUCGUCGACACUUAUGGUGGUUGGGGUGCCCAUGGUGGUGGUGCAUUUUCGGGCAAAGAUCCAACCAAAGUCGACCGAUCUGGAGCUUAUGCCGCUCGUUGGGUUGCCAAAUCCCUUGUUAAAGCGGGAAUCUGUAGACGUUGCAAUGUCCAGAUUUCUUAUGCUAUCGGAAUCGCUGAGCCAAUUUCAAUUUCCGUUUUCACUUAUGGAACCGCAAAUAAAACACCAACUGAAAUAUUGGAAAUUAUCAAGAAAAAUUUUGACCUUCGACCAGGACGAAUAAUCAAGGAAUUAUCAUUGAGGAAUCCACUCUAUCAAGAAACCAGCGUUUUCGGCCAUUUUGGAAGAGCUGAUUUCCCAUGGGAACUUCCUAAGAAAUUGGCCCUUUAAUUUACUCGCAAUUGUGGCAAAUAAUCACAAUCAAUUUACAAUCAAUCAAUCAAUCGAAAUCACAAUUAACCUUAACAAUUAAUCUUUUCUAAUCUAUCCAACAUUUGUAGCCUUUUAUUUUCUCAAUUGCAAUCAAUUUACUACUAAUUGUUGUAAGAUUUAUUUUGGAAUAGAAAAUUAAAAACUUGAUUAAUUGUCAA